CGUCAGGUCAGGAAGCGCGCAGCUGCGCAGAUUGAGUGCGACUAAGUGUGCGAGGACCUCGUGGGAGAGAGCAGGAGUAUUUGCCCAAGCAGCAGUCUUGGGAAGAUUAAGGGCAAAUAGAAAGAUUAAUACUCAAUUUUUAAAAAUGUUGGUGUUGUUUGAGACCGCAGCCGGCUAUGCAAUUUUCAAAGUACUGGACGAGCAGAAGAUCCAGGAGGUGGACAGCCUGUGGAAGGAGUUCGAGACCCCAGAAAAGGCCAAUAAAAUAGUAAAGCUGAAACAUUUUGAGAAGUUUCAGGAUACCACAGAAGCAUUGGCAGCCGCCACGGCGCUGGUGGAGGGCAAGAUCGGCAAGACGCUGAAGAAGGUUCUGAAAAAAGUGGUGGCCAAAGAAGCGCACGAGCAGCUGGCCAUUACUGACGCCAAGCUGGGCGGAGUCAUCAAAGAUAAGCUGAACCUGAGCUGUGUGCACAGCCCUGCUGUGGCUGAGCUCAUGAGGGGCAUCAGGACCCAGAUGGAGGGGCUGAUCACAGGCCUGCCCCCCAGAGAGAUCAGUGCCAUGUCCCUUGGGCUGGCACACAGCCUCUCUCGAUACAAGCUCAAGUUCAGCCCUGACAAAGUGGACACCAUGAUCGUGCAGGCCAUCUCUUUGCUGGAUGACCUGGACAAGGAGCUGAAUAACUACAUCAUGCGCUGCAGAGAGUGGUACGGCUGGCACUUCCCCGAGCUCGGCAAGAUCAUCACCGACAACCUGGCGUACUGCAAGAGUGUGCGCAAGCUCGGAGACCGAACCAACGUGGCGACCUCCGACCUGUCGGAGCUCCUGCCCGAGGAGGUGGAGGCGGAGGUGAAACUGGCGGCGGAGAUCUCCAUGGGAACGGAGGUGUCGGAACAGGACAUCGGCAACAUCAUGCACCUGUGCGACCAGGUGAUCGAGAUCACAGAGUACCGCAGCCAGCUGUACGAUUACCUGAAGAACCGCAUGAUGGCCAUCGCCCCCAACCUGACUGUGAUGGUGGGGGAGCUGGUGGGGGCACGGCUCAUCUCUCACGCAGGCUCACUGCUGAACCUGGCCAAGCACCCUGCCUCCACCGUGCAGAUCCUGGGCGCGGAGAAGGCCCUGUUUCGAGCCUUGAAGACGCGGAGGGACACCCCCAAAUACGGGCUCAUUUACCACGCCUCCCUGGUGGGACAGACCACAGCCAAGAACAAGGGCAAGAUCUCCAGGAUGCUGGCGGCGAAGGCGGCGUUGGCGAUCCGCUACGACGCGCUGGCGGAGGACGCGACCGCCGAGAUGGGCGUGGAGAACCGGGCCAAGCUGGAGGCCCGGCUGCGGCACUUGGAGGAGAAGGGGAUCCGCCGCAUCAGCGGAACGGGCAAAGCCACGGCCAGAGCCGACAAGUACCAGCACAAGAGUGACGUGCGCGUGUACGACCCCUCUGGCGACUCCACGCUGCCCUCCGGCUCCAAGAAGAGGAAGUUCGAGGAGUUGGAGGCCGAGGAGCCGGAGGUGCAGCCCGCGGAAACCAAAACCAAGAAGCCGAAGAAGGAGGCGGCCGCAGCAGAACCUGAGGCGGUAGAGGAAGAGGUGGAGGAGCCUCCGAAGAAGAAGAAGAAAAAGAAAGAGAAGAAGCAGGAGGCGGAGCCUGUGGAGGAGGCGGAGCCUAUGGAGGAAGUCGCAGAGGAGACCACAGAAAAGAAGAAGAAGAAGAAGAAAAAGAAGGUGAAGGAGGAAGAGGAGGACUGAGGAGGAUUUGAUUUGUUUUUAGUUUUGUUUGGAUUAUUAUUUUUUUGCACGUCUUCUCUCCCUGAAUGGCAGAAUCGCACACGAUCCCUGGGGACGCUCCAGCGCUUUCUCCCCCAGCUCAGUUUGUCACCCACACUGAGGCCAGUGACCAAUCCACUGAUUUAAGGAUGCUUUUCUCAAACGUAUAUUUUCUCUGAACUUAAUAAAAAAAGAAAUGACGUUUAAAAAAAAAAAAAAAAAAAGAUGCACAUUGCCACUCAUCAUGUCGGAUCUAUUAUUUCUUAUUUUUCCUUUGUAAUAUAGCCGCUUGAGUGAUGUGUCAUGAGCGUCAGAGAAGUUUCCAGAAAGAUGUGUAAGGUGAUCCUGAUGUACACCUGAUAGUCCUGUAUUUUUUUUUUUUUUCUUUCUAUGUUUCAAAGGAAUGUUUGUAUAUUACAAACAUCAAAUGUUAAUUCCACAUUAGCCGUAUGUCUCUUGCUGCAUUAAAGGCCUUUAUUUUA